AUGAGGGAGGCACGAAGGAAAAGUUUGUUAGAAGCCAACCUUGCGAUUGAAGCGCUGGACCCGGACAUGGUCUCAAGUGGGACCGGAGCCACCACCAAGCAGAUGAAGAAUGUAGUUGAGAAAGGAUGGAAGUUUUUCGGUACGAGCGUCACUCCCGCGCUCAAAGACGGGAAGUUUACACCAGUGACCCAUGACGAUUACCCGCCUACGCUCCUGGAUUCGCUUAUCGUCAUGAGAAACCUGAGCGGUGACACCCCAACCCCACCAAAGCUUUUUGUCACCGACGCUGAUACGGGCGAGUGCCUUCUGGUAAUCGAGAUAACAGUUCCGC